AUUUCUUUAUUUUCUUCUUUAAAAGAGAUUUGGUGAAUGCAUCACAAGAUUGUUUAAGGUUUCUUCAACAAAGAUUCUUCCUUUGUAAAGAGCGGUUUCCCUGGGAAACCGCUCUUUACAUCUUCUUCCAUUUUCUUCUUCUCUUUUUAAUCAAUUAUACAUUUUCUUGAUUUUCUUUACAGUUAUAUUUAUUUUUUAUGCAUACGCAUACUUGUUUUCUUUCUGUGUAUUGUAUCUGGUAAUUCCUCUUCUCUCAUUAUUAUUUUUUUACACUGGAGAAGUUUGAUAAUUGUAUGCACAGAAGAGGAUUAUCAGAAUCAUAUUUUGAGUUGGGUCCACGUGCCCAAUUCAAGAUUGAAAAAGAAGAUUGUUGUUUCCUUUUUCCUUAUAAUCGAAAGAAGAGACGAAAAUGGCUACAAGAUUUCAACAGGUCUCCUCUUCCCAACCCAGGGGAUGGGUGAAAGGCAAAGCAAUUGGUUUUGGAUCACAAGGUAAUGUUCAUUUGGCAAUGAACAAAGCAACUGAAGAAAUCUUUGUUGUAAAAUCUGCACAUUCUAGUAACAAUCUUAAGUCUCUAGAAAAUGAGGCUUUCUUUCUUGAAAAUUUGAAUUCGCCUUAUAUUGUUCAGUAUUUAGGGAAGAACAUUUCAAAAGAUGAGAAUAGAAUAAGUAUAUUCAUGGAAUAUAUGUCUAAAGGAAGUGUAUCAGAUGUUGCAGAGACUUACGGAAGGAAAUUAGAUGAAGGAAUUGUUCGUUUGUACACAAAAGAGAUUCUUCAUGGGUUAAAGUACAUUCAUGAGCAAAAUAUAGUGCAUUGUGAUAUUAAGUGCAAGAAUGUGCUGAUAGACUCGUCAGGAAAUGUUAAAUUAGCCGAUUUCGGAUGUGCAAAAAGAGUAAAUAACUUGGAAAAGAAUGGAAAUUUAUUACAGGAUAUCGGUGGAACUCCAUUGUGGAUGGCUCCUGAAGUACUUAGAAAAGAAAGGUUAGAUUUUGCUUCGGAUAUUUGGUCAUUAGGUUGUACUGUUAUUGAAAUGGUUAGUGGUAUGGCUCCUUGGUCUGCUCAGCUUUUGAAUCCAAUGGCUGCAGUUUUAAAAAUUGCUUACAGUGAUGAAAAGCCUCAGCUUCCUGCAUAUUUUUCUGAUGAGGGAUUGGAUUUCUUGGAGAAAUGCUUGGAAAGAAAUCCUGAUAAAAGGUGGACAGCAGAACAACUUCUUGACCAUCCUUUCAUUUCUGGGAAAUCUCAGAGGGAAUUUGUCAGGUCACCGGUUAGCGUUUUUGACAUUGGGAUUUUUGAGGAUUUUUAUUAUGAUGAAUCAGAAAUUCCUAAUGAAGAUGAUUUUCGAGGCAGAAAUCCAUUUUCGAUGAGGUAUUGUGAAGAAAGGAAGAGAAUAGAGAAUGAUUUUGGCGCAUCAGAUGAUUGGAUUACUGUUAGAUCAGUUUGAAGAAAAUGUAUAGACAGACUGAUUUUUGAUGUACAGAUGAAAAAAUAAAAUCAAAGAAGAAAGUAGGCAGUGUAUUCUUUUUUCCUUUUUAUUGUGGAAAAGAAAGUUAAGGAAGGUAUUUUUUUGACCUUCCUCUAAUUGGAGUUGUAUUGUAUUUAGGGGCAAUGGCAAUUUCCUUUGUAAUGAUCAAACAUUUGAACUUCCAAAAAUAUUAAUUUCAAUUUUCCUA